AUGACACCUGCUGCAAUUACCAUAAAUGACAGUACCACAAGAUUAAGUACAAGUACUACAACUAAAUCCACUCCAGCAAUUACAACAACAGGUCUAUCAACUGAAACUGCUUCUGAAUCUUACACGACCAGCUCCAUCUACUACAAGUUUUUCAACUUCCACAACACAAGUUCCAUCUACCACCGUUCCAUCAAAAACUACCCCUCCAUCUGCUACAACUACAGCUACUCCAACCUCUACCCCUAUUAUUGCAAGUCCAACUUCUUCGACCAAACCAGCUCCGGAUACUCCAGGCACAUCAAUUCCUACAACCACAGAAGCCCCAGUCAUCUAGACCAGUGGUGGCCAAACAUAGUAUAUUCCAUCAAGGGCCUAGAGCAUGGAUUUGGCAAUGGUGUGCCAUGGAGGGAACCGUGUGUAUGCAAGUUUUCAUUCCAACUGGACUCCACAACAGAUCCUUGUUCUUCAAACCCAUGUAAGGGUGGGAGCACUUGUGAGGCUCGUGCAGAUCAAUCCUACAUCUGCUUGUGUUUACCCGGUCAAAUCUACAAUGAAGAACAGCAGCGUUGUGAUGAAGUCAAGGUUUUCCCUGGAAAUAUUGUCCUGCCCAAUGUGACAUGUUUCGAAGAUCUGAGGAAUAAUAAAUCGCUGGCAUUCCAAAUGGUAGCUCGACAAAUUGUUAAAGAGCUGGAACCUAGUCUACGUCUGCUUGAUGGGUACAUCACAACCAUCGUCAUUAAACUCUGUGAUGAUCUGCCGCCCACAGGGAGGCGUGUCUUUCGGUCUCUGAUGCCUCCAGACCAUAUAAAUGUAACUCUGGAGAACAUUUUUGAAAGGAAUUCUGCUGUCACAGAGGCAGAGGUUGAGGAGGGUAUUACUGACGCAAUCAACCAAUGUGAAACAAACGGCUGUCUUCUUGGUAACUCAUCAUUUAAUGCCACAGACGUGUGCAUGCUUGGUGCCUGUGAUUCUCGGACCGCUACUUGUUCGUCAGACAGCGGCCUUUUCAGCUGUGAGUGUCAGGAUGGAUAUGUUAAAAACAGCUUCAGCAACAGGUUCUGCCAAGCUUGUCCUAGUGGUCAAAGAGCUGCGGAAGGAAUAUGUGUCAAUUGUGCGUUUGGUUAUACUGGUUUUAACUGCAAUCAGUCAUGGAAACUGGAGCUGGUUAUCAUUGGUUCCACGUUUGGAGGGCUGCUGCUCAUUACGAUGUUUGCCCUGUCUUUACUGGCACACAAACCCUUGAAGAAGAGGGCUCAGUCUAAUAUCAGGAACAGCAACGCAGGUGACUAUGCAAGCCCUGGGCUGCCAAGUAUCCCAAGGGCCACGUUGAGCUCGGUCCAAGGCACCAGCAACUCAUGGGAGUAUGGCGACCCGAAUGAAAUGACGGGCAGCAACCCAGAUGCUCAGAGCCGGACCCAGACAAACCCAUAUGCUGAGCACAGAGGCCACAGCAACCCGUACUACAUCCACGAUGACGGAACAAGGCUCAGUUAACAAGACACCUCAAAUGUUUGUUUCUGAAUCAUAUUUAUUCCAGUAAAAAUCUCACUCUUUUAUUUAUUUGGUAUUGCCGCUGUCUGCACUGCAUAGUACGAGCU